AUGGCUUACCGAAAGACGGCUCACAUCUCAUCACUCGAUGAGUACAGAAAACUAUACCAAAAGUCAGUCUCAGAUCCCAAAGGCUUUUGGAGUGAAAUCGCGAAUAACUUCUAUUGGAAGCGAUGGACACAAGAAGUAGAGGUCGUGUCCUAUAAUUUCGAUGUCACUAAAGGACCCGUUUGUGUGAAAUGGUUGGACGGAUGCAAAACCAAUGUCUGCUAUAAUGUCUUGGAUUUGGUUAUCGAGAAAGGACUCGGAAAUCGUGUCGCCUAUUAUUGGGAAUCUAAUGAUGAUAAUUCACACAAAAUAAUUACUUACGAUGAAUUACUGCGCGAUGUCUGCAGAUUUGCAAAUGUACUCAAAGGGUUGGGCAUUAAAAGGGGUGAUAGAGUGGCCAUAUAUAUGUCGGUAACCGUAGAGUUGGUCACUGUUAUGCUGGCCUGCGCUCGCAUUGGAGCCAUUCACUCAUUCGCCGGUUUCUCUGCCGAAUCCCUCGCCGAACGUAUAAUAGAUGCCAAUUGUGUGGUAUUAGUCACUUCUGACGGCGCCUUUCGGGCUAAAAAAUUUAUACCAUUGAAAUCAAUCGCCGACUCAGCACUCGAUAUAUGCAAACAAAUGAACCACAAAGUGAUGGCCUGUAUUGUAAAUCCACACUUAAAUCUCAAUAGAAAUAAUAUAAAUGAUGUUUUAAACAAUAAUAUUGAGAAUACAUGUGGGAUUAAUUGGGACCCAAAUGUGGACAUCCUAUGGACUGAUGUCAUGACAAAUGUUUGCAAUUAUUGCAAACCCGAAUGGAUGGAAGCGGAAGACCCGCUGUUCAUAAUGUAUACCAGUGGAAGUACGGGAAAACCAAAAGGCAUUGUCCAUACAGUCGGUGGUUAUCUCCUCUACUCUUACAUAACAUUCAAAUAUGUAUUCAAUUAUACCGACGGAGACGUGUUUUUCUCGACCGCAGACUUGGGAUGGAUUACUGGCCACACAUUCAACGUUUACGGAUCGCUGGCCAACGGGUGUUCAAUAGUGCUCUUUGAGGGCACUCCCACUCACCCAAACCCGGGCCAUCUCUGGCAUAUAAUAGACAAAUGGAGAGUUAAUAUCUUUAAUACUGCGCCCACUCUUAUCCGUUCGCUCAUGAAGUUUGGCGACCAAUACGUCAAACAAUACUCUCGACAGACACUGAAAGUGUUGGGAACGGCGGGCGAACCCAUCAAUCCUGAGGCGUGGCUUUGGUUCUGGGAAGUGGUCGGCGAUCGU